AUGCCGUCGGAGAGCGAGGCAUCAAUUUCGCUAUACAAUUCGCCGCCACAGCACGUUAACACCGGGACUGGAAGACCGAAGCAUUGCCCAGAUUGCAACAACUGCGUACAACUUCCCUUCGCACUACUGAGUACAGAACAACUACCAGACGGCUACUACUUCGACAAAUAUCAGCUUAUUGUCCCAAAAGAUUUUGCCAGCCCAGGUUCCGGCGGUGGCAGUGGUACUGGCAUCCCGGAUAUUCACACCGAUGACACGAGCUCCUCAAGCUCCAAUACAGAGGAAAAAAUGAGGGCAGGAGAUACCGAUAUCAUAACCAAUGCCUCAAGCGACACAAGCUUAGAUGCUCCAGAGGGUGCCCCAGAGUCAAUCCGCCCAAUCGCAAACAACGCCACUACCAAGGCUUCUCGUGGCAAAGUUGCUGCUACGCUUGAAGAUGCAAGCAAGGAUGAACCGGACGGCCAAGAUUCGAAUCCCACUAUAACCAUUGGCCCAUCAGAAGACGGGUGUGCCGCUUCGGUCGAUACUGUACGGCGGAGGAACCUUCGGGAGUCGGCGAAAAUUAACAACCAGCAGGCAGGGACGAGAGCAACAAAAAGGCCAUCAUCGCUACCGAAGAGAGGCAGUAGGACUGACAGUAACCUCGAAGGCCUUGCUAGGCAGAAAGAUCAGGUUAUUCCAUCCUCACAAGCUGCCAGGUAUAAACGCGAGUGA